AUGUUAUCCAUUUUUCUUUUCCUUGAUAGUGAUAUAGUUGUUGCUAUUGCUGCAGUAGUUGUUAUUGGUAAAGCUGGUGCUGGUGCUGAUAUUGCUGGUGCUGGCAUUGGUAUAGGAGAGAAAGAAGGAGAUUUGGAUUUUUUCAUGUUUUAUUCUAAAAAGAAGAAAGAGAGAAAAGGAAGGUCUCCUCCAGAAUUAGUAGACCUUUAUAAAAGAACCCAAAACAGAAUCCUUAAUGCUUAUUGGAAACCAUAUUGUGAAUUUCAGUUAAUACCAAGAAAUCAGAAUCCAGAAGGUAUAGCAUAUUAUAGAAAAUAUGGUUAUUAUUAUUUUUAA